GAGAAUGAAUCAGACCGGAGCGAGGGGGGGGGAGAACAGUCUCAACGCGGAGACACAUUUCUAUUUCACACAUCCUUCCUCACAAUUAACCAUCUGAUUAGUAUUCAUUCGGAGGCGGAUUGCCGCUACUUUGCACUCGCGUGCCUUCAUUUUGAACAUCAUAUGUUUAGCUCCAGCCAGACGUCUGACAGCCUCACACAUACGCCGGUUUGUCACCAAGGAGAGGGAAAAAAUUGAAAAAAGGAUUGAUUAAUAAAGGGACAAUAUAUAUUUGCGAGGUGGUUUCAUCUAGACACACCUAGAGGAGGACUGCCCUGUCAUCACAACAAUCGAUAUGGAUGAAGACAAUCACGUUCCUGAGGAUCUCUCCCAAGAGGAGAGGGAUGAGCUGUGCAACAUCCGGCGCAGGAAAAGAGAGCUGCUCGACGACAUUGAGAGGUUGAAGUUUGAGAUCGCCGAGGUGAUGACAGAAAUCGAGCAGCUGACAUGUGUUGGUGAAAGUAAAACAUCCCAGAGAAACAAGCAGAUUGCAAUGGGCAGGAAAAAAUUCAACAUGGACCCUAAAAAGGGAAUCCAGUUCCUACUAGAGAAUGACCUCCUUCAGCACACUCCAGAGGACAUUGCUCAGUUCCUUUGUAAAGGCGAGGGUCUCAACAAAACUGUCAUCGGUGACUACCUUGGCGAACGGGAUGACUUCAACAUCAAGGUGCUGCAGGCUUUUGUGGAGCUGCACGAAUUUGCUGACCUCAACCUCGUACAAGCGCUACGGCAGUUCCUCUGGAGUUUCCGUUUGCCAGGUGAAGCUCAGAAGAUCGACCGCAUGAUGGAGGCCUUUGCUUCCCGCUACUGCCAGUGCAACCCGGGGGUCUUCCAGUCCACAGACACUUGCUACGUGCUGUCAUUUGCAAUCAUCAUGCUGAAUACCAGCCUGCAUAACCCCAACGUCAGAGACAAGCCCCCCGUGGAGCGUUUCAUCUCCAUGAACAGAGGCAUCAAUGAAGGCGGAGACCUGCCAGAGGAACUUCUCAGGAACCUCUAUGACAGCAUUAAAAACGAGCCAUUUAAAAUACCGGAGGAUGACGGAAAUGACCUUACGCACACGUUCUUCAAUCCUGACAGAGAAGGCUGGCUCUUAAAGCUUGGUGGCAGGGUGAAGACUUGGAAGCGGAGGUGGUUCAUUCUGACAGACAACUGCCUGUAUUACUUCGAAUACACUACUGAUAAAGAGCCACGUGGGAUUAUCCCCUUGGAGAACCUCAGCAUCCGAGAAGUGGAUGAGCCCAGGAAACCGAACUGUUUUGAAUUGUACAACCCCAACCACAAAGGCCAGGUCAUCAAGGCCUGCAAAACCGAAGCGGACGGGCGAGUCGUGGAGGGCAACCACGUGGUUUACAGGAUAUCGGCGCCCACGCCGGAGGAGAAGGAGGAAUGGAUCAAAUCCAUCAAAGCAAGCAUUAGCAGAGAUCCCUUCUACGACAUGUUGGCCACCAGAAAAAGGAGAAUAGCCAAUAAGAAAUAACCAAAGGCCUCUUUCAACAUCUUACCUUUGCAUCACUGCCACGUCCGGAGUAGCAGAACCAGGCCAACUACAAACUACGCCUAUGGAUAAGUUCUCAAACUUCUCGGUUGAAAGAAACGAAGACGCCACAAAAGAGGGAUGACUUUUGGCACCCUCUGCAGGAUUCGACGAGGAACUGCAUCUAUUUCACUCAGUGGGAGGCAAUAGUUCUCACUCGUGACAGGAUAAACUUCCAAAAUGAAUCAGCUGGUCUGAUUUGGAUAUACAAAACGCACUGAUUUACAAGUGGGUGUAGGAAAAAUAUUUCACUGCAGUUUAUGGAGACACGACCUGCUAACAUUUUUGCGUGUUUGCAGUGAGUCAAGUUUGCUCAUAUCUCAAAAUGUUUUCCCCCCAAAUGGACUAACAUGUUUUUCAUGAAAACAGUUUUUUGGUGAGCAGUGUAUUUCAAUACUGGAACAUUAAUCUUCCCUUUGUUGGAAUAUUAGUUGGCAGAUUAAGAAUAAUUUGCACUAAUGCAUUUGGUUUCAAAUCUACGUAAACAUUUUAUGAAAAGCCGCCAUUUUUAAGUUAUCUGAUUUUAUUACAAAAUAAUUUACAAUCUCCUUGUAAAUUAUGUAAAUAAUGUAUUUUGUCUUUUGUUUCAUGUCGUUUUCAAAUCACCGAAUGGGCAUUUGCCUUUUAGUUAUAUAUAUUACCAUCAAGAUUUGAAUUUCAUUGGCAGGAAAAGAUGUAAAAUUGGUGGAAAAAAUACAGGAUGUUGGGGAUAAUAAGCUGUUCUUUGAUUAUUUCUUAAACCAUUUUUUAAACGAUGUGUUGAACAGAAGGUUAUGAGUUUGCAUUCAUUUAUGUGCUUAUUUACUAUAUGCCGUACUCAUAUCACAAUUAAGUUUGUAAAAAAUACAAAAAGCUCUAAACUGCCCCUUCAGAUAUUUUGAUCACAUCCACCCGUUUUCCAGCUAUUUCAGUGCACUUUUUUCCACACAGUCAAAGACAACAUUACAAUUUCUGACAUUAACAAAAUGUAUUUUAAGGCCUUUACCUUGUACAAUGUAUAAAUGCUGACAUGCUAAAUUAAAGGAAUAACACAAAUUUUCAACUUCUGUCAAAAAGUUGCAAAACAAAAGACAAUCCAUACUCAUUGCUGAAUUAAGUCCACAAAAUACGAGCAGAAUUAUUAAAUUUGUCUAAAAACAUAUAAAGCAAAACAACAUGAUCUAUUUAUAAUCCUGAUACAGGAAUUUUAUAAUUAUAUAUAUUUAUAUAUAGAAAGGUAACUGAUAGUACAGUUAAAAAAAUUAAUUCACAGUAUUCCUUAUUAUGCUAAAAGACGCAAAGUGGAUUUUUUUUUCUCCAUUUAAAAAAACCAACACAAAUUGUCCAACAGGCAUGAUUACAGUCUUUUUUUUCUCAGCUUUGCCCGAAUAGAAUGUGAGCUGAAAGAAAGACAGAAAGGAAUGACUUGAAGAAGCCAAAGAAUUAAAAAUAAAAGGAAAUGUGCUCAAGUCAGUCCAGGGUAAUAUUGUGGAGGUAUCAGUGAGUGAAGCCGUGCUUGAUCGUUUUGUUAAUAAUUUUCGCGCCUUUGACCCGCCCCUUCCUCCCAGUGGCGAUGAAGAAAACUCAAAAUUGUUAACUACAUACUUUUACAGACUUUCCCAACUUCCUUUCAGCAGCGCGUGGAUUUCCCUUUAACGUAAAGCAAGUGGAAAAUGAUGAAUUUUGAGUCCUGAGUUCCACUGAGCAGCAUCAGAGAUGUUUUCAGCUCCACUGUUGAGUUCGUACACAUAUAUAUAUAUAUAUUAAUAUUUCUUUUGUCUUUGUUCUUGUAUGAUGGGAGGAGGGGAGUCACUGCAACUAAAUCGAUGCUUUAAAAAGUGAAUGUUUGAAACACUUGACGUGUGCUAAAAAUACAAUUAUUUCCCAAUGAAGCACCAAGUUGUUAAAUCAUUCCUCCGCUGGAAAUCUCGGCAGGGUGGUCUAGAAAAUGAAAAAGGUCAAUGAGUAUGUUUUUAAAGUACUAACGUGGCAGAAUCGUCACUCACAGUCAGUGCUUCAUGGUACUGCUCAGUAAACCGGACCAUCAAUGAGAGACACCGUUGGCUUGGCUGUAACCGUUUCCUACAAAACAGGUAGAAAACAACCAACAUUUAUUUCAGAUUUGACUGGCCAUAGACUUUAUAAUGAUAUUGAUGAGACACAUUCCCCAGACACAGCGCCAUGCCUUCAAGUAGGGGGCCGUCCGACACUCUGUUUCAGUCAGUCACGAAGUCGGUCGCAGUUAUUCUCAAACACAUGCAGCGAUCCAACGCCAGAUUUAGGUUUAACAAGAAUUUUCACAGGAAAAGCUCUGUUUACAUGAGGCGGCCGCUAGCUACAUUGACUAACAGACUAGCAUUAUACUUCAACAUAUUUACGUAAAAUAAAUGCUAACACAUUGACUAACAGACUAGCAUUGUACUUCGACAUAUUUACGUAAAAUAAAUGCUAAUUGCCCAUUUCUUUUUCUCUUUUAACCAAGAAUCGAGACUGUUUUACAUCCAUAUCUAUAAAGAAUUCAGGGAUUCAAGCAUUUAUUCACAAGAAUUUUCAACGUAAAAAGCUCUUCGUCAGUGUUAUCACUCGGUCAGCUUUGACGGAGAUAGGCCCCCUAUUAAUCGGCCCCGCGCCCCGUCAAUAUAUAAUGAAGUCUAUGGACUGGCGCUCUUCCGGAUAAAUGGCUAACCAGCAUGUACCCUACCCGCAUAACCGUUAAAUUGGCUGUGAAGCGGCCCGAGCACAGGGGCGUCGGGGCUGACGUCGUCACGGUCAACGCGGCGUCGUUUCUCAGGUGAGCGGCCAUGCUCGUCGUGUUCAUUGUCCUUGGAGUGACGCCGUUUGCGGUCCUGCCGUUCUUUGCGACUGCGCUGCUCGCUCUGGUGCCACCGCUUUUUCUUCUUUUUGAGUUCGUGGCCUCGGUCCGAAUCGGAGCUUUUGAUAGAAGAUUUGAAGAAAGAAAACAUCAGUAACGUUAAGUAAAGUGUUGGAUUGAGUGAGGUGUUCUAUAAAUCCGACCUACUGAGCUUUUACAUUAUCCUUUCCUGUCGAGCCUUAUUUGGUUUCAUUAACUAAAUUUACUUUUUUUUUUUUUUUUUAAACUAACGUCAUUUGAUGCCUGUUCAAAUGGAUUGUCUACAAGUGAUACUGAUUCACUGCAGAACUAUGAAAAUAGCCACGUGAUUGGAUGUCCAUUAUUGUCAAUGGCACUGAAGGCGUUAAUGAAAUGUACAAAAGCAUAAAAGAUUUGCACAAGUGUAAUUACAGUUGCAAUUACUCACCCACUCUCACGGUUUCGCUCCUUAUCCUUGGACUUCUUCUUGCCCUUUUUGUGUUUUUUGCUGUGGCGUUCUUCAGAGCUCACCGAGCGACCACUCCUUUUAUGAUUUUGGUCCUCCGACAGCAGAAAUGACCUGUCGUUACCACUUUCUUUAUGGGAGUAGUAGUCCCUUUCCCUACCGUCGCGAAAUUCCCGCCCGUCCUGAUUCCGUCUCCGUCCUUGGGACUCGUGGCGGUGGCUGUACCCCCUUCUGUCAUAAUCACGCGCUUCCCUGGAUCGGUGGUGGUGGUAGAAGUGGUAGUGGUUUGAGCAGCGGUCACGGUCCCGCUCCCUGGGGUGGUGCGAGGGCCGCUCCCAGCGACGCUCGCUCUCCCAGUCCCUAUAGUAAUAAUCCGGAUUUCUGUAUGAACGGUGAUGGUAAUUGUAGUUUUUGUAGUCCUUUCUGGAACGAUUUCCAUCCCGUUCCUGACUUCUGUCCCGGUAGUCUCUUCUAUCUCUGUCUCUGCUCCAGUCGGACAAGUGCUGCCUAUCACGUCCCCUUUCCCGCGACGACCUCCUUUCAUAGCCUCUGGAACUCGGACUCGUCCGGAGCUGCUCUUUCUCGGACGCCAUUGCUGUCGAACCAUUGGUCAGCGCGAUGUCAUUGGCUUUGUCGGGGUGAAAAGGAACUUUUGGGAAAGGUGCGCAAGCGCCGCCAACACUGUGGGAGGCAUCUAGCGAGGCGUGGGAGGCUGCUGGACUGACGGAUGCGGACUCGCUCGAAGUGGAAUUGAUGUGAUUGGUGGAAGAGGCUGUUUGCUGAGGAUGGGGAUCGGACACACGUAUAGCCCUCAUGUCUGGAGAGACGAGCUGGCUUUCACUGGUAGAUGGUUGGAUUUUAUGAAGAGAACCAGCCAGGGAUGCCUCAUUGCUGCAAAAAGAGGUAUAUCAUAAAAAUUCACCCCAAAAAGUAAAACAUUAAACUUACUGUAAAAGACUGGCAGCUAUGGUUGCCAGAAUGUUAUUAUUUAAAAAAAAAAAAAAAUUAUACAAGUACAGUGGUACCUUGACAUACGAUCACUUCGACACACGAUCUUUUCGACAUCCGACGCAUAAUUCGACUCGGCAUUUGUUACUGCAUCCGACGACAUGCUCGAACUACGAUGAUUUAUGACAGCGCCGCGAGUCCCCUCGGAUGACAAACUUCCAUUAUUACUACCAGAUGUCUGAAAGGAGAUAAAAGAGAGAUUUUUUUUCUUUCAAAUCUUGUAGUUCUAGUUUUCAGUGAAAAAAUGUGUUACCUUCUUUGCACCAUGAUGUCCAUUGCCGUUUUGAAGUCCAUAAUGGUGUCCAUUUUGGUAGCUUUUCGAUAUGCUCGUUGUAAUUCCAUUCAAACCGUUUCCAUUGUGCUGCGCUUCCGAUUCCCCGUUAGCAAAGUCCUCGUUUGCUCUUUUGUUUCCGUUCAAGCGACCCUUCACCGGGCAACCGUUCUCCAAGGAUCCGUCGUUAUCCUGGUCCGAGUCCUCUGACAACUCUUGACUGUACGGCACCAAGAAAGACAAUCCGUUCCCUCCGCCCUGGUGCUCCCCGUUACUGCGCGAGGUGCCGUUGAUGUGGUUAAGCUGUCGUGGGAUGAAGCGGGCCUCUGAGGUAGACUGGGCGGAGGACGCUGAAGCGCUAGACGAGGAUGAGGCAGAGGAGCUGCUGGCUGACGACGAGGAAGAAGCCGGGCGAUUUGGUUUGCCUUGGCCGAUGCAGAAGGAGAGCUUCAGGCGCUUCUCCUGCUCUGGUAUCACCGAAGGCGACGAAGAGGAAGAGGAAGCCGCGCCGUGGUUCAGUUUACCGGAAACUGUGCUGCUGGUGCUGGGUUUGGGACAGUCUCUCAGGGAUCCGUUCCCGUUCAUGUGGAGAGAAUUCUGUGAAACGCACAAAAAGUUCUAAAACUGCUGUGGACUGAGAGGACUGGCAUUGAAUGACUA